AUGUUCCGGGGCCGCCGCGCCUGGUUCUCGCAGAGCGUCAGCCCGGGCCCUCGGGAGCUGUGGGUGGCCGGCGGUGGGGUGCUCUCCCACUGGCGGGACGCCGACUACCUCUUCAGCAGCGACGCUGCCCACCCGGACACCCGCAGAAUACACGAGAGCCUUGAUUACUUGGAGGACAGAGCUACAGUCUUUCACUCCCAUUACCUCUCUGAGUGGGCGAGCACCGGUGCGGGAGUGAAGCCGUCGAUGCUUCUGGGCCACUUCAUCCUGCCACCCGCCUGCCUGCAAGAAGAAAUCAGAAGGAAAAUCGGUAGUUUUAUUUGGGAGCAGGCAGGUGAUUCACUUGCAGAACAGCCCAAUGAAAAUCUGACAGAUGAACCAGAGGCGGCGAGAAAAGGCUGUGAGGAAGAAGUGGAGGAGGAUGUGCUAGACCUGGCCGAAAGCGAAGAAGAAACAGACUCCAGAGCACCUGCCCAAGGGGAAUUUCCAUACCGUGCCCUCCAGGAAUACCCGAUGAAUAACAUGGUGACAGGCUACACCUCUGCUCGUGACAUGAAGAAAUACGUCGGAGAGCUCCGCGAUUUCAUUCCUGGCACUUCGGGCUACACAGUGUAUUGGAUUCAGAAUGAAAUUAACAUUUACUCUGAUGUGAAGACUAAAACGAAGAGAAAAUUCUAA